UAUUCACAUCAGCCCUGUCCAGAAUAAGGUUAGAAUAACCUAAGAUUGGCGACCAAAAGGCACACAGAGGCUAAACCCAGUCCUGUUGCCUAACGCGGUCCCGUUACAGAGAGAGGGAGAGAGAGAGAGAGAGAGAGAGAGUCGACGGUGUGUGCCCCUUAUCAUGCGCACAGGGUCCCUCGCUUCUACACAACGAUGGCGAUUUUGAAGACCGACUCUCCCCUCAGCCGCCGCAUCGUCGGCGCUUUCUUGGACUUCCUCGAUUCCGUUGAACCUGCUCCUGGUGUCGAUCUUGAAGGUCUUGAGGUAGCUAAGGAGUGUUUGUCAGAGGUCUUUAAGAUUGACCCUUCUUCUGUUGGUCAUCGGACAGAUUCUGAUUUGUUGGUUAACCUAUUCAGUUCACGUGAAGCAAGUGAGAAACAGGAACAUAAGUCAGAUCUGAGUAGGGAAACAUUUUCAGCAGUUGGACCAAGUACUUCCUCAGCUGAGAUUGCUUCUGAUCCUAAUCAUUCCGAGGCAUCACAACCUGUGGGCGAGCAUUGGGCAAGGGAAGCUCACACCUCAGGGGUUUCUGAAGAUGAACUUUUUGGGCAAUUUUUUGGUGCACUUGAAAAAAUUCAUUAUUUCAAGCCUACAUCUGAUGGGCAUGACGACCAGGUCCAACUGGAUAAAGCAACACGGUUAUUUCAGAAUGCUGUAAUGGAGAUGCAAAAAUCUGGAUGCCAGACAUUUGAUGAGAAAACCCUGGCUGAGACCUUUAAAUCACAAGGUAACAGGGCCAUGCAGUCAAAGCUAUACCCUCAUGCAAUUGAACUGUAUACUUUUGCUAUUUCACUUUGUGAAGAUAAUGCUGUUUACUAUUGCAACAGGGCAGCUGCUUACACCCAGAAUCAUCAAUAUGCAGAAGCAAUCAGGGACUGUCUUAAAUCCAUAGAAAUAAACCCUACUUAUAGCAAGGCAUACAGUCGGCUAGGAUUUGCUUACUAUGCACAAGGGAACUACAGGGACGCUAUUGACAAAGGUUUUGAAAAAGCCUUGCAGUUUGAUCCGAAUAAUGAUUCUGUGAAAGAGAACAUUCGGGUGGCGGAGCAAAAGUUGAAAGAGGAGCAACGAAGGAGAGAACAUCAUGAGAGCUCAAGUUCAGCAAGUCAUCAAGAAUCAAAUCAACAGGCUGCAGGGAGGUCAUGGAGCCAAGCAAUGCCUCCGCCAUUUACCUCUAUGCCCUUCAAUGCUAAUGGCAUUCCUGUUGAUAUUGCAAGUAUGUUUAGAAACAUAGCUGCAAAUAUGCAUCAGGGACAACAUAAUCAAGAUAGGCAGGAAGGAGAGAUCAAUGCCGAUGGAGUUGAUGAGCCGGAGAUAAGAAUAGGUGGUAACAUAAACGUGAAUUUGGGAGAGCAAAUGCCCGAGGAGCUAACGGGGGCUUUGAGAUCUGUGAUGGAGAUGUUUUCAGGGGCAUCGCCUCCUGCUAAUCGACAAGAUAAUGUCAACGGAAGAUCUGCACCUAGCUAAUUUGUGUUCGAAACUCUGGAAAAAUUCUAUCCACACUAGUCACUAGAUUGAUGCUUUCUUCUGUCCCAAAUUUUCAAGGUGGGAUUGUUUCAUGAUGCUGGUACUAUAUGAAAUGCUAUAAAGAACUGUGUUAACUUCUGCUGUAAAACAAGUAGAAACAUUUUGGUCUUUGUCA